GUUCUGCUGCCGCCAUGCCAUCCAGACUGAGGAAGACCCGGAAAGUCCGGGGCCACGUGAGCCACGGCCACGGCCGCAUCGGUAAACACCACAAGCACCCAGGAGGCCGCGGUAAUGCUGGAGGCAUGCAUCACCACAGGAUCAACUUCGACAAAUAUCAUCCAGGUUACUUUGGGAAAGUUGGUAUGAGACAUUACCACUUAAAGAGGAACCAGAGCUUCUGUCCGACUGUCAACCUGGACAAAUUGUGGACACUGGUCAGUGAGCAGACACGCGUCAACGCUGCAAAGAACAAGACUGGAGCUGCUCCCAUCAUCGAUGUUGUGCGAUCAGGCUACUACAAAGUUCUGGGGAAGGGAAAGCUCCCUAAGCAGCCUGUCAUCGUGAAAGCCAAAUUUUUCAGAAGAGCUGAAGAGAAGAUAAAGGGUGUUGGAGGUGCCUGUGUCCUGGUGGCUGGAAGCCACCCAGGGAGGUUAAUUAAAUGCUAA